AUGGCCGGCAGGCCGCCAGGUGCACCGCCGUCUCACAAGGAGAACCUAAUCGACUUUGACGACCACGACAACCACCAGCCGUACCACUACAACCCGGGCGCACCGCCGCCCCAUACUGACGAGGAGCUCCUCCAGCGAUACAACACGAAUCAAUCCGUCACGCCCCUAGGCCGACCCUCCGAAUCAUACGAUGAAUUUCUGGGUGGCAGACCAGCGGCAGGCCUGCCUGAUGCGCCGGUCGCAGGAACCACGCCGUAUUCGAAUAGUGGAGGCAUCUACUCGCAGACAUCGGAUCUGAACAAUUACGCAAGAUAUUCCGAUGCAGAUGUACAUGGCGAGGACGACCGAUCUAUUCAGGGAUACUAUGCGACAGGCGGAGGCUACGAAGCCCCAGCAGGCAUGCGUCGCGCCAACACCGGCAAGGCGAACAGGAACAGCAUCCUCAGUCUCGGCGGCGGUCUCACAGGGCGUGUCAAGAACAUGUUCGGGCAGAGACCGGAAUACUCAGAGAUGGAUCUGCCGUUGACAGAGCAUGCGGCGCAACAAGGUCAACAAGAGUCAAGAGGAGUCUAUGGCGAGGAUUCAAAGGCGCCCAAGAAGCGCAGCUCGGGAGUGUUCAAAUUCGGAUUUGGACGCGGAAAGCCGGACCCAUCGACGCUCGGCCCAAGGAUAAUACACUUGAAUAAUCCACCUGCAAAUGCCACUAACAAGUACAUUGACAACCACGUAUCCACCACGAAAUACAACGUUGUCACCUUCCUCCCCAAGUUCUUGUACGAACAGUUUUCUAAAUACGCCAACUUGUUCUUCUUGUUCACCGCCAUCCUCCAACAAAUUCCCGGCAUUUCUCCCACGAAACGUUACACUACCAUUGUGCCCCUCGGUGUUGUCUUGCUCGUUUCCGCGGUGAAAGAAUACGUAGAGGACUACAGAAGAAGACAAUCGGAUUCUACCUUGAACCAUUCAAAAGCGCAGGUGCUCAAAGGAUCGUCAUUCCAGGAUGCGCGAUGGAUUGAGGUAGCGGUCGGAGACAUUAUACGGGUAGAGUCAGAGCAGCCCUUUCCCGCCGAUCUAGUGUUACUCGCAUCCUCCGAACCGGAAGGUCUAUGUUACAUCGAAACUGCAAACUUGGAUGGAGAAACGAAUUUGAAGAUCAAGCAAGCCAUCCCAGAGACUGCUGAUCUCGUUAGCACCGCUGAGUUGGGGCGUCUGGGAGGCAAACUUAAGUCGGAACAACCAAACAGCAGUCUGUACACCUACGAAGCGACAUUGACUAUUGCAGCAGGUGGAGGGGAGAAGGAACUGCCGUUAGCACCCGAUCAAUUAUUGUUGCGUGGAGCCACUCUCAGAAACACACCUUGGAUCCACGGCGUGGUGGUCUUCACCGGGCACGAAACGAAGCUUAUGCGGAAUGCAACGGCUACACCCAUCAAGACCACGGCAGUUGAGAGGAUGGUGAAUAAGCAGAUUCUUAUGCUUGUCGCGAUCCUCAUUGGGCUUAGCGUCAUCAGUUCCGUUGGAGACGUGUUGAUCAGAACAACCAAGGGAUCAACUCUUGAGUAUCUCAGAUACGACGGUUUCAACGGCGCUUCUCAGUUCUUCCUUGAUCUGUUGACCUACUGGGUCCUAUACUCCAACCUCGUACCCAUCUCACUGUUUGUUACAAUCGAAAUCGUCAAGUACUGGACCGGUAUCUUGAUCGAUUCAGACCUCGAUAUUUAUUACGAGCCCACGGAUACACCUGCCAACUGUCGGACUUCGUCUUUGGUGGAAGAACUAGGCCAAAUUGAGUACAUAUUCUCCGACAAGACCGGAACGCUAACCCAGAACAUGAUGGUGUUCAAACAGUCUUCCAUUGCAGGUAUCCAGUACUCGGAUGAGGUACCUGAAGAUCGCAGGGCGACGUUUGAGGAUGGUGUCGAAGUUGGUAUUCAUGAUUUCAACAGGCUGGAAGAAAACCGCAAGACCCAUCGCGAUAGAGACAUUAUCGACAAUUUUCUGACAUUGUUGUCAACAUGCCACACUGUUAUCCCUGAACGAGGUGGCGAAAAGCAAGAGAUCAAAUAUCAAGCUGCUUCACCUGACGAGGGCGCUCUAGUCGAGGGCGCUGUACAGUUAGGCUACAGGUUCAUUGCGCGCAAACCUCGCUCGGUCACGAUUUUGGUAGAUGGUCGAGAGCGAGAAUAUGAGCUCUUAGCAGUUUGCGAAUUCAACUCCACGCGGAAGAGGAUGUCGACAAUUUUCCGUACUCCAGAAGGAAAGAUUGUAUGCUUUACCAAGGGCGCCGACACCGUCAUAUUAGAGCGGCUAGGGAAGAAUAACCCGUACGUGGAAGUGACUUUGGCCCAUCUUGAAGAAUACGCCGCGGAAGGAUUACGUACGCUGUGCUUAGCGAUGCGCGAAAUUCCAGAGAACGAAUUCCAGGAAUGGCACAAGAUCUUUACCACUGCGCAGACCACUGUCAGUGGCAAUCGAGCGGAAGAACUGGAUAAGGCGGCCGAACUCAUCGAGCACGACUUCACCCUUCUUGGAGCCACUGCGAUCGAAGACAAGCUUCAGGAUGGCGUUCCCGACACCAUUGCGACUUUGCAGACUGCGGGUAUCAAGAUAUGGGUCCUGACUGGUGAUCGACAAGAGACUGCUAUCAAUAUCGGAAUGAGUUGUAAGUUGAUUAGCGAAGACAUGAGUCUACUGAUAAUCAACGAGGAGGACAAGGAAGCGACAAGAGACAACAUCAACAAGAAGCUGAAUGCUAUCAAUAGUCAAAGCCAAGGUGGCGCGGAAAUGGACGUUCUAGCCCUUGUCAUUGACGGCAAGUCACUCACCUACGCCUUGGAAAAGGACCUGGAAAAGACAUUCUUGGACCUGGCCGUCAAAUGCAAAGCCGUUAUUUGCUGCCGUGUAUCUCCACUCCAGAAGGCAUUGGUGGUCAAACUCGUCAAGCGACAUCUGAAGGCCAUCUUGCUCGCCAUUGGAGACGGUGCAAACGAUGUCUCCAUGAUUCAGGCUGCUCAUAUCGGAGUCGGUAUCAGCGGUGUCGAAGGUCUUCAGGCAGCGCGAAGUGCCGAUAUUGCUAUCGGCCAGUUCCGGUACCUUCGCAAACUUCUCCUGGUCCAUGGAGCUUGGAGCUACCAGCGUGUCAGCAAGGUCAUCCUGUACUCGUUCUACAAGAAUAUUGCGCUCUUCAUGACUCAAUUCUGGUACUCUUUCCAGAAUGCCUUCUCCGGUCAAAUCAUUUUUGAGUCUUGGACACUCACAUUUUACAACGUGUUCUUCACGGCUGCACCGCCCUUCGUCAUGGGUAUCUUCGACCAAUUUGUCAGUGCCCGUCUGUUGGAUCGCUAUCCGCAACUCUACCGUCUCAGUCAGACCGGCGUCUUCUUCAAGAUGCAUUCAUUUUGGUCAUGGGUUGCGAACGGCUUCUACCAUUCGCUGGUUCUCUACUUUGUCUCGCAGGCCAUAGUACUGUGGGACUGGCCGCAGGCAGACGGCUUGAACGCAGGCCACUGGGUGUGGGGAACUGCACUCUACACAGCUGCACUCGCUACCGUCCUAUUGAAAGCGGCGCUUAUCACCAAUAUCUGGACAAAGUAUGCCUUCCUUGCUAUACCCGGCUCGAUGGCGCUCUGGUUCAUCCUUAUGCCCGCAUACGCUACCGUCGCCCCGAUGGUCGAUAUAUCACCCGAGUAUAUCGGCGUCGUCCAACGCUUGUUCCCUGACGCCCGGUUCUGGGUGAUGCUAUGUGUGCUGCCCCCGCUUUGUUUGGUGCGAGAUUUCGCAUGGAAGUACGCGAAGAGAAUGUACUUCCCACAGAGUUAUCAUCACGUUCAAGAAAUCCAGAAGUACAACAUUCAGGACUACAGACCGCGCAUGGAACAAUUCCAAAAAGCCAUCCGGAAGGUGCGUCAAGUACAACGCAUGCGCAAGCAGCGCGGAUAUGCUUUCUCACAAACGGAUGAAUCGCAAGCGCGCGUACUGCAGGCGUACGAUACGACGCGAGAACGGGACCGCUAUGGCCAUAUGGCGAGUGGAACCGGUGCGGAGAUUCCUCUCAGCCUACACCAAAUAAGCCUCAAUUCAAACUUUGAGAGUAGCUUUCUCAAGGGUGGCUCCGUCGCAUCCGUCUUCUCCAAACUCCCCGGCUGGCACGUCCGCGGCGUCAGCCGCGACCCAUCCAAGCCCAUCCACGCUCAUCUCAAAGACUCCGGUAUUGAUCUUGUCCGCGCAGAGUUAGACGAUGUCGAAAGCCUCAAGCAAGCAUACAUAGGCGCGACUAUCAUCUUCGACACCACGGAAACCUGGCAACACAUGAAAGACCCCAAAGCGCAGACCGAAGCCUCCGCCCGCGGCAUCACGCCCAAUAAAAUCGCUUUUGAGCGCGAAGUCCAGAAAUGGAGCAAGGGGAAAGUGACGUUCAACCUGCAUUUUGAAGCUAAAAGGAAGGCGGUCGAGUACUGCGAGGCGACGUAUCCGGAGCUGUGGGCAAAGACGAGUAUGUUGCAGCUGGGCUACUUUUUGACGAAUUGGAAGAGUGGGCUGGCGCUGCCAAAGAGGGAGCCGGAUGGGACGUAUGCGUUGGCGAUGCCAAUGGGUGGGAAGAGCAAAGUGCCGAUGGUGGAUCCGAAUGCGGACACAGGCCAUUUCGUUCAUGCGAUUCUCUCUCUUCCACCCAGUGCAAAUCUCCUCGGCUGCGGCGGCAAAAUUUCCUGGUCCGAGUACGCGGCACUUUGGGGCCGCAUCAACGGCGUCAAGGUCACCUUUGAAUCCUACCCUGGAACUGUCAUGGAAGAGAAGAUGGGCUCAUUGGGUACAAAGUACGCCGCCAUGUUCCAGUAUAUGGAUGAGUUUGGGUACGACGGCUGUGACCUGAGAGUGAUUUACCCGUAG